AUGUCAUCCAAUCCCGAUCAAAACAGCGUUCAAGGGAGGCUGGCGCUGAUAACUGGGGCAUCUGGCGGCAUUGGAUCUGCCUGCGCACGUCAACUAGCAACUCAAGGUACUCAUUUAGCUUUGACGUAUACAUCCAAUGAGCAAAACAUCCGGGACUUGGUGUCUUCACUCGCUCCAAUUAUCUCGCAAAAGGCGCUCCGCGUAACGACUCACCGAGUAAAUCUGGAGCAUCAUAGCGAAAUUGAAAACCUGUUCAAAGAAAUACAAAAAGAACAUCAGAGGCCCGUUGACAUUUUGGUAUCUAAUGCUGGCUAUGGAAAACGAAUUCAAAAUAUCUGGGAUAUUCCACUUGAGGAAUUCAACCGCAUGAUCUCCGUGAACUUAACCGCGUCAUUCCUGCUGGUCAAGGGCGUUGUGGGGGGGAUGAAAGACCAAAAUUGGGGGAGAAUUAUAUUCAUCUCCUCAGUUGCCGCCUACGGAGCGGGAAUGAAUGGCUGUCAUUACGCUUCCUCUAAAGCAGGCUUGAUUGGAAUGAUGAAAAAUCUUUCCGCUCGACUUGCUGAGUUCAACAUUUCUGUCAAUGAUGUUGCCCCUGCUAUGGUGGGCUCUACAGGGAUGUUGUCUGAUGAAAAGGCUUUUCCGGGGCUCACCGACUCAAUUCCGCUGAGAAGAUUAUGCACACCGAUUGAAGUCGCAAAUGCCGUGAUCAUGUUUGCAACUACAGGCUUUGCUACUGGCCAGAGUCUAGUUGUAGGAGGCGGACUUCGCUGA